GCAUGAUUGCCCGGCAUGAUGCAUGCCUGUGUGAAUGGAGUCGCAAGAGCUUGAAUUGAUUGAUGGCUGGGAGACAGAGGACCUUUACGAUGUGCUCGGCCAUGACGUCCAUUUAGACCAUUUCGAAUCACCAAAGGCUGCACGGCUGCGUGUCGCUUUGCGUCAUGGAGGGUCUCAGCCGGCGCUGGUUGCCUUCGCUGAAGCUUUGUUACAUCACGAGGAGCCUUGUGCGCCAGCGAGCACUGCGGAUCCUAUUCCGUCGAGCGAUGUGGGCCAUGUUCCUAAAGAACGCCAUGCCUGCCGGAUUUGCUUAGAAGGCGAACAACGGGAACUCCUAGAUUGCUGUGCCUGCCGCGGCAGCGUUCGGUUUAUUUGUGAGGAGUGUUUACUACUGCAAUUUGAAACGCAACCAGAGAAGGCCCACCGCUGUGGGCUUUGCCUCCAAGCUUUCAGCGGGCGAGCACAACAACUGCUGACAGAACGCAUGACUCAACACUUGGCAAAGCGGAAGGAGGAGUCUCAAGACGUCCAAGAUCUUGAGCUGCUGAAGCAACAGGUCACCACGGCAACGGGUCUAUGGCAACAGGGCAUAUUGCAUGAAGCCGCCGCAUUGUUCCAGGAGACCAUUGAAGGCCUCAGACAGCACUGUGAUGCCAAGGGGCAGCUUUAUUCUGCACAGCACAACCUGAGCUUGGUGCUCGUGGCUUUGGGGCAGCCCAAAGAGGCACGCGAACAGCUGCGGACAGCUCGGCGUGGGCUGGCUUUGCUGUAUGGAGCCGAACAUCCUUUGGUACUGAAGGCGGCACACAAUGAAGCCAUGGCUGCAAAUGCUGCUGGCGACAGGGAGGAGGGGCGCACCCUCUACGAGGUCACUUUUGAAGCCCGUCAGAGAGUUCUUGGCUGUGAACAUGUUGAUACCCUGAAAACCCGUUGCAACUUGGGCCUCGCCCUACGCAAUGCCGGCAGGCCUGCAGAAGCUGAGGCAGAACUCCGUGCCACAUGGCAAGCGUUGCAGCGGGUAAUGGGCCCGAGACAUCCCCUUGCUCUCACCAUCAUGCAGAAUCUUAGCCUGGCUUUGGCAAGCCGUGCCAAGUCAACCGGCCAAUCAAAGUCUUCAUGCCUGGCAGCCUUGCAAGCUGCAGUUCUUCUUGCGCAGGAGGCAGUGCAGGGCAAGCAGCGAAUGCUGGGCUUUGAGCACUUUGAAUCGUUGGAAGCAUUGAGAGACUUUGGUGCCCUUCAAGCUGAGCUCGGGCGCAAUGCGGAGGCACACCGCGUUUGGCGCCAAACACUUGCAGGUCUCCAACGCUCCUUGGGUUUCCAACAUCCAACGACCUUGGCAGUGUUGCAACAACUCAGGUCGGAGCUGCCCCCGGAUGAAGCAUGGGCGCUUGAACAGGAUCACAGGGCCGGUUGCAUAGUCUCAGCGCUGCCAUGGCCCCCGUGCCCACUUGUAUGCGGACGCCUGACCAUGGUGGUACAUCUUGUGGCCGUUGCCCCAGAUCAUCGUGGCUGCGGUUUGGGUAGUCGACUCCUUCAGCAUUUCAAGAAGGUGGCGCAAGAAGCACACUUGGAGGUGAAACUUCCUGAUGAGGAUGCUGAAGAUAGUGACCUCUGGCUUGGCCAGGACAAAAGAUGUAGCUUUAAACCUGCAGCUCUCGUUUUUGGCAAAGAUGCCUCUUGUAUAUCUCUUGCAUGAACCGCAAUGAGCUUGAUAGUCAC